CUUAGAGCGUGUUAGCAAUGGAUUUAGAGCACUGGAGAGAUCUCUGGAGAUUCUUUUAAGAUUGGCGGGAGCGGGGGGGGGCUCGGGAAAUAUGAGAUUCAUGUGGGCGUGGGAGAAAGUGGAUGCGGGAAGGGGAGGAGCAGGAGGAGGAGGAGGAGGAGAGGAGGAGGAGGUGACGACGAGUGCUUGGGCAGAUUCGGUUGACUUCGACGCGGUGGAAAUCUCGCGGAAGUUUCGGGGAAAGUUGAGUGGUUUGCAGGUUAAUUGACCGAUCGAUUGGGAUACCUUUGAGAGCUCUGUAAGAGUGCCAGAUCCCGACUCCGUCCCGCUGAGAUGGAGCGGCGGGCCUAGGCUGCCUUCCCUUCCCUCUCGUUUGGUGAAGGUGAUGGUCGUGUUCUGUCUGCCGUCCUUCCCCGUGCCUCUCUCUUCCCUCCCUCCCUCCUCCGUCCCUCCUCCGUCUUCCCUUCUUCGCGCCCGAAUUGGGUGCAGAUGAGCUGUACAAGCCCGCAUGCCACGUGUCGUGCUCUCAGUAAACCGCAUGCCACGUG